AUGGAAAAUGAACAGUUUGUGAAGAUUUCCAAGGCUCAGACGGAGUAUAUUAGUAAGCAGUUUAUUCUAUUAUUCAAAGGAUUGUGUGAGAUUAAUCCUAAAUUCGGAGAUUCAGACGGAAAAGAGUCAGCGGAAUUGUAUGAUAAAUUACAAUCGCUAUUCGAAGAAGUCAAGAUUCUAGCAUUCGUUGCAGCUAUUCCGGAAGAAAUGAAAGAUAUGCGAGAGAUUAGUCGUAAAUUCGUGGAGCGUUAUUCGAGGCCAGACGAGUGUAGUCUGAUGAUUCUAUUAGAAGAAUGUUGCGAAAGAACCUGA